AUGUCAACUCAUCAAAAUGAGCAUGGAGAAAAGGUUAACAUGGAGAUAUCAAGGUUCAAUUUUGUUAGAGAUGGAGCUACCAAGUUGCCACCCGGGUUCAGGUUCCAGCCGACUGACCAAGAGAUCGUGUUUCAGUAUCUGAUCCGUAAGGUCUUCUCGUGCCCUCUGCCUGCUUCCAUCGUCCAUGAAAUUGCCAACAUUUGCAAAUUCAAUCCUUGGGACUUACCUGGGGAUUGGGAGCAAGAUAGGUACUUCUUUAGCAAGAAGGAAGCCAAGUAUGGCAAUGGACAUAGAUCCAACAGAGCAAGCGACGAUGGAUACUGGAAAGCAACAGGUUUCGACAGACAUAUCACACGGUGUUGUUACAACAAUCCGAACAUGAGAAAAACAGAGAUCAUUACGGGGAUGAAGAAAACGCUCGUUUUCUACAAAGGAAAGUCAUUGCACGGGAACUCACCCACGAGAACCUCUUGGAUUAUGCACGAAUAUCGUCUCGUUCAUUCACCUUGCUCGCCUAAAACCACAUCUGAUGAUCAGAGAUCUUGGAUUCAAAUGGGAAAUUGGGUUCUAUGUCACGUAUACUUGAACAAAAGAAGUAGAAAUGUAGGAGUUGCAGAUGGGAAGAAGCCAUUGUCAAGUGGUUUAACUCCACAGAAAGAGCUUCUGAAUCAUGGUUUGAUGAUGAUGAAUGAUGAUGAUGAUGAUGAUGAUCAACAUGGACCAUCAUCAUCAUCAUCUUGUGGUUCAAGUGUGGUCACUCGUGAGGUUUCCUCAAUUAGAAAGUCAUAAAAUCAAGAAGAAUAAUGAAUAUGAAACCAUUAGGGUUUUCAUUUUUUUUCGUUUUCGAGAAAAACCGUAAUAAGUUUCGUUUGAAUUUUUUUGUGGGUAUUAUUAGAAAUGUUUCUUUCUUUA